AUGACCAGGGUAAAGAACGUGGGUCAGGAUGAGUUCAAGGACCUGGUAAGGCACGGUUACCCGUUCAUCGUUGACGACUGCGUCCCGGAGGAUGCGGAGCUUCGCGAGCUUGCCUGCUCGGAGUACGGCAGGCGGUGGCCGAAGGAGCACAUGAAGGCGGAGUACACUCGUGGCCAGGAGCAUAUCAACCUGGGCGACUCGGACUGGCACUCCGUGCAGAAGCCGACCGCGAAGGCGAAGAAGCACAUGUCCCGCGGGAAGCCCCUCUCUGGGCCGUACAUCUGGCACGUGAAGGACGAGACGGACGAUCCCCAGACGAAGACGGACAUUCAACGUAUGUUCCCCGUGCCUUAUUUCCUGAACUCGAGCGCAUUGAAUUACAAUGAGGUGAAGGACUCCUUCGAGUUCUGGUUUGUCCUUGAGAACGGCGGCAGUCAAGCUCACGCAGAUGCCUACUGCGAGACGACCAUUAGCAUGCAGCUCCGCGGAUCCAAGAAGUGGCGGCUCGGCGCUUUCCCAAAUAUAACCAACGCGUUUCAGCCUUACGGCUUCCAUGAUUCUGAGAUAUACCGGCACUCGAGCUUGUGGCGACCUGAACACGAGGAGACGGUGGACCCUGGGUCGUGCGUCGUUUUCCCGAUGGGUUACAUCCAUGAAACCUAUGUUGCAGAGGGGAAGGGCGGAGACGACGGAUGCAGUGUUGCAAGCACUUUUCAGUUCCAGGACCCUCAGCCGAUAUACCAGUGGAAGAAUUUUCUGGCAAGGUGGGGGCUGUCUCACUAUACUCGGGACGAGCCCUGCCUGCAGAGGAUGCAGCCGUACGUCUUCCUCGGCAAGCCGUGGGGGGUCGGACUGAAGGGCGAGGCGGCGAGGGCGAAGAUCCGAGAGAGGUUCCGAGAGGUGGACAAAAAUCUCGACGACGCCCUGUCGUACGACGAACUCUUGGAGCUCUUCCGCCAGCUAUACGCUCGCUUCCACAUGCCGUGGACGCAGGUCCUGGCGGAAGCGGAGGCGUCGAGAGUGAGGGACGAGAAGCAGGACUGGGUGGCAGAGGAUGCCUUCCUCUUCCACGACGACGACGGCGACGGCACCGUCACCUACGGCGAGUUCGAGCACACCCUGCUGAGGUUCGAGGCCGUGAGGCAGCGGGCGAAGGACAUCAAGCGCCACGAGAGGGAGCCCGAGGAGCUCUUCGCGCGAGAGAGGGACUGGAUCACGAGGCACAUGUGCACAGACAGCGACUGCGAGGCGCUCAAGCAGCUGGACAAGGACUUCGCCCCCAUAGGGAAGCGGUUGGCGGCCAGGGCCGCCGAGGAGGCCGCCAAGGAGGCCGCCAAGGCUCCCGCCGGCCAGAAGCUGGGCGGCAAGAAGCCGGGCUCCAAGUCGCCAGGCGGCAAGGCGCCAGCCAGCAAGAAGAAGGCCAGCGGCAAGGCGCCGGGCGGCAAGAAGUCGGCGAAGAGGUUCAUCGACGACCUGUAG